AUGCAGUCCAAGACACUUGCUACCCUGUUUCUUCUUCUGGCUCCCGCUCUGGCUAAGCCCCAAGCUACAUCCGUGGCCUCCGACUCUUCUGGCUUCGAAUCUUCGGGUUCUGAAUCUUCAGGCUCCGACUCUCUGGACACCACGGACAUCACCUCGAUUCCAUCAAUUCCCUCUGAUUACGUCAGUGUCCUAGAAACUGCUGUCCCAACUGCUUGGGAAUAUGAGAUGAUGAACUCUGCUUCUGCAGCUGCGGUCAUGAGCGCCGCUGCGGAAGGCAUCUACCCAGCCUGGUACAAUGACCUGCCUGCCAGCAUCAAGGCUCUUGUUACUUCCCUUGGCGGGUUUGACGAGGUCAUGGUUGGUGAAACUAGCUCGAUGACGGUGGCUAUGAGCACCAGCUCAAUCGGGCCUUCUUCCGGAGCUUCUAUGGCCACCACUGUUGUCAGCUCAUCUGGUUCAACUGCUACAGAGACUCAGGUUUCCGCGGCCUCGAGUAUAGCUUCCAGCGCCAAGUCAUCUAGUCCUGCAUCUACAAGCUCGACUGGUGGUGCACCCGCUGCUACUGGCGGUAUCACUAUGGGUGUUGCUGGUGCUGCUGGUUUGCUGGGCCUUGCUCUUGCCCUGUAA